CGCGAACCUGUACACAAGGUACCGCAGCAAGUCGCUUGUAAAGAGAUUCAAAGGGCUAUGUCUUCAGAACCAGCAGGCGAAGUUCAAUGAGAUAUGGAGAGAGUUAAAUGAGACCACUCGCAAGAUGAUGGCAGACCAGCAAGCAGGGGAGGAUCAACUGCGGGCGCAAAUGGUUGGGGGCCAAACUAUCAUUAGUCGUUCACGUGGUACAUUUAGCCAGUGGAUAGCGGGGAAGCCGGCGGAGCGUUGGGCCCUUAUCCAUGACACUCAUGGUGCCAGGUACUCCAUCAUGACAACGAACAUAGCGGAGGCGUUCAACAAUGUCCUGAAGGGAGUACGGGGCCUCCCGUUGUGUGCCAUUAUUGAGCUCACAUUCUACAGAACGGCGGACUACUUUCGAGACCGUGGUAAUGCUGCUAUGAAGUGCAGCACACGGUUUUCACCUAAGGUGGAGCAAAUCAUAUCAAGAAGGAGGAGCAAGGCACACUUUCAUCGGUCGAGGAUCUACGACUUGGCCAACAAUGACUUUGAGGUCAUGUGCCGCCGUAGGUAUGCUUCAGGGUAUAGCGCCGGGGACACCGUGCAGCAAUGUCAACUUGGACCUAACGAGGUGAAGUGCACAUGCAAUAAGCCAAAACUGCACCAUAUCCCGUGCUCGCAUGUCUUAGCCGCUUGCAGGGACAUAGGUGGCAAUGACGGAUCACAGUACGUAUCACCGUACUUCACGAUCGAUGCAUUGAGGAGCACAUGGCUUCCGAAGAUGCGGUCCUUUAACAUCGGAACCAACUACAAAUCGAUCGAGGGCCCUAAGUGGGUACCUUAUCCACAAGCACGACGCACAGAUCCUGGAAGGCCUAGAUCUACGAGGCUGCAAGGUGACAUGAAUGAAACAAAUGCUGUUGAUGGCCUUCGCAGUUGUACUACUUAUUGUGCAUUAUGUGGUUUGCACUGUACCCCUUUAGAUAAGAAGUGA